CUCAUUUCGAUACAGCAGAUGUCGCGUCAACCUAUACCGUCUGUAGUGCGCCGCCUGCCAGUGACUGCGCUUGAAUUUCUCUCCGAUGACCUGCUUUUGGCGAGCAACGGCGGCUGUCUUACUCUAUUUGAUGUCCGAUCCAGCCGCUGUCUUGCUGUUGCCGAAGUCUUCCCCUACGCGCGCAUCUAUGGAAUCAUCGCUGACCGCGAGCGCUCGCAGAUCCUGGUGUUCGGGGGCAAAUCAUGGGCUAUCGUCGAUGUCGCUUUCGCACAGGGCUGUUCAAGCACUCCAGAGCUGAUGGUGGAUGGUGUGUUUGAUACUGAAGACUGGAUCAAGGCCGGCCACUUGGUUACUGACAACAAUGGCAUGCCAUUAGUGGCUUUAGCAUUUGCGCACAACCAGGUCGGUGUCUACCAGCCAGGAACCGGUGAGCUAGUACAUUUUGCCCAGUGCUCCGAACACUGCAUUCUCUACGCGGCCGCCUUUUUCGGCACAACCCUUGAUUCACUGAUUGUCGCUUCUGGCACUGUCUUCAACCAGGUUUUAUUCUGGAAGCCACUCUCACAUGGGGUGUCGCCGGUGCGCCCGGUCCUAGCAGACUGCCCUGUUUCUACUCGUCUGGUAGGCCACGAGGGCGUUGUUUUUUCAGUCAGCUUCGGUGCAGCUGCACAGACCGUGGCUUCUGUCUCAGAUGACCGGUCUGUGCGCCUCUGGGAUGCGGCAUCCCAGACCGCCACUGUCAUAUACGGCCAUCAGGCGCGGGUCUGGAAGUGUCUGAUACUUGAAAACUACCUAAUCAGUGCGUCCGAGGAUGGAACAUGUCGCGUGUGGGACCGCAGGCAAGACAAUAGACCUGUGGGCUGCCGCAGACAGUGCAAAAAGAAUGUUUGGGCACUUGCUGCCAAUCCGAGCCAGACUCUAGUGGCCAGCGGCGGCGGUGAUGGCUCUUUGUUGGUGUGGCCGCUGGAUAACGUCGAAGGCCGGUUUGUCGAGUCGGACGAUAUGCUUAUUGCCAUCAGCUUGCCACCUGCAACUGCGUACAUGGCGGGCCAGGCAUGUGUGAAGAACGAGCAUAUCCGUGCAUUCGCGCUGACUGACAGGAACUCUGUUAUCGCCACAACUCACUCAGGCCGUGUUCUUGAAUAUGACUGCGGCAAUAGUCAGUGGCUGCCAGUGCCGCUGUUUGUAGACCCACGUCUAGCUGGGUACUCGAUGACUACGAAAUCCGAGAAAGGCGAUCUGAUUGCAAUUGGAAUGUCUGACGGCUCGGUCGCCUUGCUUGGGCCGCAAUGCACGGUGCAUGUGGAAAGACUGCACUGCGGCAUCGUGCGAAUGCUCUUCAUCACCAAUUCGCUAGAUGCUGGCUCAUAUAACCUUGUCACGGUGGAUGCUGACAAUACCGUGAUCUGGACUCACGUGCAGACUGACAGCAUCCAGCAGUCAUGGUCGUUGCGUGCGCAAUUCGAUGUGCCAGACUCAGUCUACGUCUCUAGUGCCGAUAUCAACGAGCGGGCAGGAUGGGCUGCUAUCGGCACGACGAACGGAAUGCUGCUCAUUUACGACCUCCCACCGGACAUUAUUCAUGCCAGUGUUGCCGGGCGCGCUAAUGGCGAACUGCUAUCUGCAAUUAUGCUCAAGCCAGCUAUUGUCUGGCCACAUGCCCACGGCAAAUUCACUGUCUCGACCAUUCAAAUUGUACCCACUGGCACCAACUCAAGCGAUCAGGUGCGCCGCGGUGAUGCAGCCACGCACCAAAAUUUCUACACGGGGACGCUUCAGAACCGCCCGAGCCAUUCGCUGUCAUCUGUGGUCGCCAGCCGAAUUGCGUUUGAGAAGAUCACGCCAGGCUGGAUUGAGCAAAUCAUCAGAACUGAUGGUGCAUUGGUCUGCGUGACUUUUUACCGCAAGCGCCUAGUGGUGGUUGAUCUGAAAUCCCGCGACACCCUUGUCUCUGUCGUAUGCGGCGGUGCUGGCCACCUGUGGCAGGACGGACUCUUGCGAGUCUGCUCGAUUGCUGGAAAUUCCCUGGCGAUCCUUGUUGAGAUGAAGCGUCAUUCGUCGGCUAUCCGCUGUGUUGCAUUCACGAGUGACUCGCAGUUUGUUUUUACUGGUGGUGCAAGCUCCGAAUUGCGCUGCUGGAAACUUGCAUUCAGCGGUGAUAGUGUGGCCACUGCAUCUGCUGUCGAAUGGGCGUUGGCACCGGUGCGUGAAAUGGAUAGCGAUCCGCGCAUCAUGGACAUCACUAUCGUUAGCCAGUCAUUAUCGUAUGUUACUACCGCCGCCGUCUAUUCGGAUGGGGCUGUCAAGGUGUGGCAGCUGGAUGUUGCCCAGCACAAGUUCAUAUGUGUUGCUGAGAAUGCAGCCGACACUAGAACACACUGUGUUUUGUCUACUGGCCACGCAAAGUUACCGAACUCCAGCCAGACACUUUUAGUUACAGGCGCAACGAGUGGCCAGCUCACUGUCUGGGAUGUUACGGAAUUUGUCACUGAAGGCGCCACAGACAGACACAACACGGUGGUUAUGCACCCACUAUGUGUUUGCCAGGGUGUGCACCAGUCAGGCGUCAAUACUCUGGAUGUGCAGGUUUCUGCUAGUAGCAGUGCGCUGUUUGUAGCUACGGGAGGCGAUGAUAAUGCCGUUGCACUGACACGCCUUGAGUUUUCGUCACAACAAACGACAGCGCCAACGAGCUCGUCGGAAGCCUAUGCUACUGCUCAUUCAUCAUCUGUCCAACAGGUUCAAUUUGUCGGUACAGGCAGGAUCUGCUCGGUCUCCACUGACCAGCGUCUGGCAUUAUGGAAGUAUAACGAGUACUCGCUGGAGAUUGCCAUGGAGAACAUGGCAUACACGCAGGUCGCUGACCCCUCAUGUAUGAGCGUCUUGGAGCAUGAUGGUGGAACAAAGAUGCUUGUUGCAGGCAUUGGGUCAGACUCGGUGAUUUUCUCAUGGACAUGGGUCAAUGCCAUCGGCAACCGAGAGUUUUACCAGAACUGCGCUGACAUUGCCAUCACAGGGGCAUCUCCGUCUCUUAGUGGGAAGGCGAUGACGAUCCUCAAUUACCCUGGAUAUCCUACAGUUCCCGAGUUCAUGGGCAACUUCAACACGGGGAUGGAGUACUACCAGAACGCAACCACAGUUACUGUCUAUCCAUGA